UGCUGCUGAGCAGUAUAGUGAAGACGAAGAAGACGACAAUGAUGAUGAAUAUGAUGAUGAUGACAAUGAUGAUGAUGAGGAGGAAGAUGAUGAUUCUGAAAUGAAUGAUGAUUACUCAGACCCAAUGUUGCAUUAGCCAAUAAUUAUGAAACAUUUCCUUAGUUUUAUUAUUUUCAUGUUUUGAUGCUUAGUUUUCAAAAUAUUUUAGAACAUGCAUAAAUAUGGGAAUGAGUUUGGUGAGAAAGUUGCAGAGGCAUGCAUUGAAAAAUUUCAAAGUCUUGGAAAGACAGGUAAGCCAAAAGAAGGCACAGAGUGGACCCUGCUUGCUUGCUUCUUACAAGAGGAACCUCAUAAAGAGAUAUUUGAAGUUGUGGCUUUAGGAACUGGGUCAAAAUGCAUUGGUGUACAGCAGUUGCCAAUUGAAGGGGAUGUUCUCCAUGACAGCCAUGCAGAGAUUAUUGCUAGGAGGGCUUUCAUGGUGUAUCUCCUUGACCAAGUGGAAAAGGUUUUAAAAAAUCAAAUUAGUAUUUUUGAGCAGAAAGAUGAUAAGCUUAGGUUAAAGUGUGGCAUCAAAUUUCAUUUCUAUGCCAGUCACACUCCUUGUGGUGAUGCAUCUAUAAUCCCUAAGCAGGAGUGGGGUGAAUGUUGUGGACAAAAAGAAGAGGUUACACAAGAAGAAACAUUUGUCAGUAUUUAUAAACAUGUCACGGAAGUGGAUAUCCCAACUCACUCUAAUGAUGACUGUACCGAUAUUGACAACAGUGAACCACCAUUAAAGAAACUGAAGGUAACUGAAGAGAGUCAAGUUAAACAUGAAACCAGCAAUAUUGAUUUUAUCAUUAAUAGUGUAGACAACAUAAAACAAAUGCCUAGGAUAUUUUCUCUUACAGAGAAUAACAAAGAAAAGGAUUUCCAUACAGGAGCAUACGCUGAAAAUAACAUUGAUAAGAUGGAUGCAAGACCUGAUAUUUACCGAACAGGAGCGAAAUGUUUAACAGGUGAAAAAUUGGAUCCAAAAUUGCCUGGUUCUGAUUAUCAUGUUACUGGUGUGUUGCGAACUAAGCCUGGACGUGGUGACCCAACCCUCUCUCUCUCUUGUAGUGAUAAAAUCUUUAAAUGGACUGUUUUAGGGGUCCAAGGUGCUCUUUUAAUGUUGUUCCUAGAAACCCCAGUGUAUGUGGAAACUAUAACAAUUGGAAGGUGUCAUUACAAUCAGGAAGCAAUGGAAAGAGCCCUCUUCGGAAGAUUUAAGGAGAGAUUGGAAAAUAUUAAACUUCCAGUUGGAUUUCGAAUACUCACACCUCGGAUAUUAUAUGCAGACAUUGAUUUCCCUUUUUCUCAUAGCUGUAUAACCAGCUGUGCAGGUGAUGCUAAGAAGGUGAUGCCAUCACCUACCAGUCUCAUCUGGAGUGUCAGUAGUACACACAGUAGCAAGCACGAGGUUGCUACUAAUGGACGCAAACUGGGCACCACUAAAAAGAACCUAGGUACCCCAAAAAGUUGGGUCAGCAUAUGUCGUCGAGCCAUCUAUCUAAGGGUGAAAGCACUCUUGCAACAGCAUAGCAAAUUUAUGACCAGCCUUGUUAACCUAGAUGAUUUGUCAUAUGGAGAUUUGAAGUGUGAAGCUCGAAAUUAUUACAUAGUUUGGAAUGAUUUAAAAAGAAACGUUUUAAGAAAUUGGACAGUUAAGCCAGGUAACAUAAAAAACUUCAGAGCAUGAAUAUGAUACAGUAUGUCAAUAUUGUGAAGGUUAUUUUGAUCUCAUUGGUCAUCUCUCAGAUGCAGGCUGACCCAAAGAAGACAACACAUUCACUCAGUUGCUGUCUCUCCAGAAAUAUGCUGACAUCACAAUCAGAUUUAUAAAAAAUCAUUUGUUUUCACCUGCAAUAAAAAAAAUUAUUACAAUUUGCUGGUAUUUUAAAUGCAAAGUCUAUGAAUGUUUAUAUUUGAAUUGCAUAAAGCAAGUCUUGGGCGUUAAAAUAGUCCUUGUAAUCAUUUCAUUAAUUUUUGUAACUAUUAAGACCCAUUAGAUAUUUUGGGCCAAACAGUGAAGACAUUUAGGUUUCAUUCAGUAUAAAAUGUUUUAACUCCAGUUCUCUAACAAAUAUGUGCUCUAGUUUGCUCUUACAGUAAUGCCAAAAAGGGUCCUUGAAUAAAAUGCAUCUGUAUUGAAGCAAAUGCUUUUAUGUCCUUAAUUUUAUUAGGCAUAUUUCAGUACAUAAACCUUCAGUGUUCAGAUGGGUAGGUAAUGGUAUGAGAUACCAACACAAUGAUGAGGAGACAAAUGCAAUUUCACAGAACUCCAACAGAUGACGUUUUGUGUACUGUGUGGCGAAACAAUAGGUAAUAGUUGCAUAUAACUGUAUUUACCUCUGUUUACUUUAGAGUAUAUGUAUAUUGUAGCUAUAUUGCUCUAGAAAGUUUCAAUACUUCUUCCUCCUAAUAUCAUUCACAAUUAUGCCAUGCACAUUACCUGGUUUAUUUUUAAGACUUAUUCCUCUUAAAAUUAAUAGGAAGUGUGUAGUGAUACAUUAAACAGUCUGUUUUCAGAUUUAAGCAUUGGUCCUAGCUGCUUAAGAUUUGGUGUGAUUGUCAGAGCUAUUCCACUGUAUUUUUGCAUGGUAAGAGUUUAAUAAAUAUGUUAAUUCAGGUUAAAAUCUUUUGAUCUUUAUAAGGUGAAUAUCAAAUAUUUCUCAUAAAUAACACUGAAGCUUUAAACUUUUAGCUGUGUCAGACAUACUAGUACACAAAUUUUAGCACCUUCAGAUACAACACCUGCCAUUAUUUUUGACUUCAGCUCAACUGCAUGGGUCUCUUACAACCUCCUCAUACUUUUGAAAAGAAAUCUAAGACCAUGUGGUAUCCAGGCAAUGCAUCAUGGGGUAACACUGCCUGACUAGCAUAAGUAACAACGAAACCAGCCUAGGAUCUGUUCCACUACCAGCUUCCUUACCAGCAAACAGGGUGUGAAACUGCCACUUGACAAUGCUAACAGUGGAAUUCAGCCAAUAAGCACACUGUAGACUUAACCUAGGGUAACCCAGUAUGGUCCAAUAAUGUGACUUGUUUGUAUGUUUCCAAGAAAAUAAUUUAAUAUAAAAUUUCCCCAUACAUACAUGUUUUACAGUGGUCUGGAAGGCACACUGGUAACAGAUAUAGAAGUUACAUUUUUUAUAUAAUUUCCCAUAAUAUUUUCUUGAAACCUAAAUACAGUGAUACCUUGGGAUAUGAACAGCUCAAAACUCGAACUAUGAAUUAUGUAAGUGUAUUUUUGGGAGUGUCAGAUGGAUUAUUCUAAUUUAUAUUAUUCCUUAUGGGAACAAAUUUGUUCAGUAUUGGCACUCUAACAGCCUUCUGGAAUGAAUUAAGUUCAUAUCCUGAGGUAGCACUGUAUGUACCAUGAUUAACCUAGGAUAACCAAACAGUCAAACACUUUGACUUAUUUCUAUAUGUUAAGGGGUAUUAUUAUGCCUUGAAACAGUUGUAUCAUAAAGUAUUCCUUGUACAUAAUGCUAGAAGGCCAAAGCAGUUUACAAAAUAGAAGAAAAAAUUAUUUGCUCCAAUUUUUAUUGUGGAGUAAUAUUGGGUUAUGCAUUUUCCCACAUUUGAAGUACUAAAAAUAAGUACUGGACAUGGUGUUAAACAUUAAAAACAAUAAAGAACUAAACAAUAAUCAUAAUUUGGCAUCAAAUAGUAAAAUGUAAUUACUGCUGGCACGCUUACACCACUGUUGCCAACAAAGUGAUAGUGACAAUUUUUUUAUCUUUGGUGCACCAUAAAAAUCUUAAUUUUUUAUAGCAUUCUAUUCAUUUUGGUCUUGCUUGAUUCAUAAAAAUGCACUCUUUCAACCUGUAAGAUAAUUUUUCCUAAAAAAUCUUGCCUUGCGUGCACACAGAAAUUUUAACUUCUGGUUAUUUCGCAGUUAAGAGGGGAAUGUGUGUUCAAUACAUGUGUGUAUCUAGGAUGAUUUUUUUGUUUGACUUAAUAUUUAUUAGUAUGGUACCUUGAAUGUAAAGUACCUGCGGGAUAGACCUAUUCUGGGUAUGGUAUUCCCAAGUAAUUGUAUUGGUUAAAUAACAAAAAAGGCACAAUACCGUGACUGGAACGAUACACAAAUAACCCGCACAUAAAAGAGAGAAGCUUACGACGACGUUUCGGUCCGACUUGGACCAUUGACAAAGUGACUUUGUCAACGGUCCAAGUCGGACCGAAACGUCGUCGUAAGCUUCUCUCUUUUAUGUGUGGGUUAUUUGUGAAUUGUAUUGGUUGUUUUUUCUAACAAAUUAGAAAUUUUGGAAAUUAAGAUGUCAUUGAUUUAUAUGAAAUCUUCACGCUGUUUUUUCUUCCUUUCCAGAUAACCCUACAUAUCAUAAAAUUAUGUACAUGUCAAGAUUGUUCAAGAAAACAUUGAGUAAAUUGAGAGGUCUCCCUUGAAAUGGCCUUGAGGGAAAUUAAAGGUCAGUCUGAUAGGUGGCUUAAAAAUACAAGAAAGGAUAUAGAGAAAUGGUGGCCCCCCAAAAAAAGUUAUAGAUGAGUAGAACACUGUCUGCUGCUAGUUUGUCAUAGAAGCUAAGAACUCCUGGUAGGAGGUCUGGUCACAGACCGGGCCGCGGGGGCGUUGACCCCCGGAACUCUCUCCAGGUAAACUCCAGGUAUAUCCAAGUGAGAAUGGUUAAGUGUAAGCAACACCUGUCUAGAAUGAUCCAGUAAGCCUACUGUAGUGCUCCUAUUUUCUUAGGUUCUUAUAUGAAAGCACUGAUUUGGGAAUACAGCCUUUCCUCACUUAAAACAGUAUCAAAGAUGGUUGACACAAACCCACUACCAUCAUAGUAUGCUCCUCACUUACAAACAAAUUCGUUUACCAACGUGGUCUUAGGAACGGAACUCUGUUGUUAAUGUCAUCUUUGCACCAUUUUAACAUUUCUGGUAUAUUUUUAAAUGUUUAUACAGUAGUGUACUGUAUAUUGUAAUAAACAGAGUAGAGGAAAUCAGCUCUAAUAUACAUUAUUUAGGUAUACAUAAUAGUCAGAUAGCCCGUCGUAAGUCCGAGUCGUCGGUAAAUGAGUACAUCGCUAAGUGAGAAGAGGCUGUACAGUAAACCAUCUUGUAAAUGACAUAUAAUGCAAUUUUGUGUGAACUGGGAUUGAAAAAAUUACAUUCACAGUUUUAUAGUACACAAGAAAUCCUUGAUAAUACACUUGCUGAGUCUGACAUCAUUUCAUCCAAUGUAUGUGGUGUAAAAUUAAUUAUUUUCUCUUCCACUAAACAUGACAUUACCAGCCUGUCAUGUAGAGAUCAUGCCAAUAAAAAGUUAUACAUAUGUGUAUUGAAGAGCUAGAUACAGAUAUCUGCAGUCUCAAUAUUGCUGUGAGCCAGAGGAUGUUUGGUGUAGGUGUGUCAAGUUCCUGCAUGUUUGGUACAAUUUGGCAACGAAAUGUGACUUUUAUAUUUACAAAGUUGACAUCUUCAGGAGCCCAUCUGCGUCUCCCUUAUUUUUGUAAUAAUAUAUUCUUUGGCUAUUUCAAAUGCAUUUAUCUGUGGUAUAAGUUUAGAGUAGGUGUAGAUAGUUUCCACAUGUUUAGUACAAUUUGAUAAGGAAAUAUGGCUAUUUUUAUAUAGCUAUGUACAUGUUAUGUGUACGAGUGUGAGCUGAUAAACCUCACCAUUGUACAUCCAACUCGCCCCACUAGACCCUCCCCACACACUAAAUCUUUGAAGUACAACAAAUAGAAUAUGAGGUAAUAAGAGCUGUAAUAGUCUUGACCUAGUAGAAUAUUAAACUUCCUAAUUUGAAGGUACAUGUAUAUGGAAUGUAGCCCUGCUAUUCCUACUUGUAGCCCUAUUAUUCCUACUUUUUCUUCAUUUCACAUAAUGCCAUUUGUCAUAUGGCACUGAUUUUCAGGAAGGUAUUUUAUGCAUAAUGAGUUACGCAUGACUGGAAUGAACUGCUUAGAAGUGCCAUUCAUACAAAUAGCUGGAUAGUUUUAAUGAUGCAUUGUACAGAUGCACAAAUAAGAAUGGUUUGGUAUGAGGAGGUCCUUACUAUACACAAAUAACCUGCACAUAAAAGAGAGAAGCUUACGACGACGUUUCGGUCCGACUUGGACCAUUGACAAAGUCACACUAACCGGAAGUGGAGCAGGACGGCUAUAUAUAGGCAGGAAGAGGUGGUGGUAGUAGUAGUAGUACAAGAAUGGUAUAUAAUACCGACAAGAUGAAAUUAAGACACAUGCGCAACACCCGGGCAUCCCUAUCGUAGACGUUUCGCCAUCCAGCCAGCCACUGGAUGGCGAAACGUCCACAACAAAGAAACCAGACGCUGCACAUGUGUCUUAAUUUCAUCAGUAGUUGUAGUAGUAGUAGUAGUAGAAGAGGUAGUAGUGGUAGUGGUAGAAGUGGGAAAUAAGGAGGACGAGCCAGUCAAAUACAAAGGAAGGGGAGCACUGCAAGAGAGCUAGGUGCCCACUGAGGGAGAGCAAGCCCACAGAGGUGCGUGAAAGGGGAAGUGGUGAAAUAAAUGAAGAAGGAACAGAAACACGAGACAAAAGAGAGAGAGACAACCCAGAGGAGAAAAGGAAAGAGGAAAGGGGAAGAGGGAGAAGAAAAAGAAAAAGAAAAAAUGAGGAGUCAGGUUAAGUCACGGGUGUUCUGAAGUUUGGAGCAUUUUACAAUGUAGUGGGAGAGGAAGGCAUCUACAGAGACGAAGUCAGGGCUAAGGUUCAUACAAGGAAAGUUGUGUAUUAGAGAGGAUUCAACUAGACGGCGACUGUUCGAGUUGGAAGUAGGGAAGACAGUUUUAGCAGAAGACCAGUCAAUAGGAUGGCUAUGAUCUCUGAUGUGACAGAAAAAAGCAUUGCUAGUGUCAGAAAACCUAACACUAUUUUUGUGCUCCCUAAGUCUGUCAGAAAGAGAUCGACCAGUUUCUCCGAAGUAUUGAAGAGGACAGGAGGAGCAAGAAAUAGAGUAGACACCAGGAACAUCUGCAGAGGGAGGAGAGGUAUAGAUGAAGAAACCCUAUUGACUGGUCUUCUACUAAAACUGUCUUCCCUACUUCCAACUCGAACAGUCGCCGUCUAGUUGAAUCCUCUCUAAUACCAUUCUUGUACUACUACUACCACCACCACCACCACCACCACCUCUUCCUGCCUAUAUAUAGCCGUCCUGCUCCACUUCCAGUUAGUGUGACUUUGUCAAUGGUCCAAGUCGGACCGAAACGUCGUCGUAAACUUCUCUCUUUUAUGUGCGGGUUAUUUGUGUAUAGUUCCAGUCACGGUAUUGUGCCUUUUUUGUUAUUUAGGUCCAUACUAGCAUGGGCCAGAUCUACUGCAGUACUGUUUUUUGGUAUUUUAUAUAUACUUUAGGUUAUUAAAAAUAGGUUAGAUAAAUAUAUGAAUAGGAAUGGUACAGUAGGAUGGAAAGGACAACCCUUUACACUUGCAAGUGUGUGUGUUCAGGGAAGGGAGAAGUGGGAGAUUGUAGGCCAGGGUAAUAUAAAGUUAUAAAAAGUACCAUCAUGUUUAUACACAGGCUAAGAAAAAAGGUGCCACAAGAGGUGAGAUCAGAAUACAAAGCUGCUGGCAAGCAACAGUGUUGUUGGAGAUAGGGUAGAUGGGCCUAUGUCUAUCAUUCCUUAGUAGUCAAAUUUUCUCAUAUGAUCAUGUGAUAUUGCUGAAAUUUAGAAGACUAAUAUUCCUUAACAAUUAAAAGUAGGCAGGAUAAUGAUUUGUGACAUUGUAUAUGAGGCAUUCAGUUGGUGACCUUGUUAGUUUGUGAGGAAACUUGCUACCUGCCUUAGUAUGCUAUUAUUAUAUUCUUAUAUUAUUAUAUAUAUUAUUAUAUUCUUAUAUUAUCAUAUAUAUUAUAUUCUGUAGAGAUUAUACAAUGCUUGGGGAAUGAGAGGCAUUCAGGUCUGAUCCAAGGGGAAUGCACUUCCAAUUCUUUGGAUCAAAAGCCCUUUACCUUGGAAGUCUUAUCUUUAUAACUCUCAAGUAAUUUGUGGUAUAAAUUACAUCUAGUUACAGAUACUUUUGUACUUGAUUAUUAUUUGUUACAAAUCCCUGUGAGGAUAGCUACUUGGCCUCUUGACUAUCCCUUCGUCAUUUAAUUAUUUUCCCCCAGAUCCUUUGUGUCACCUAAUGCUUUAACAUGUGAAGUAAAUUUACACCAUCAAAGAAAGAUAUUGUGGUAAAUGCACCACUGGUGUUGGUUGAAUGAAGUAAUAGGUGAUGUUGCACUGGGUUUACACUUUUUUUUUUUUAUAAGUACGAGUAAGCAUAUUGUUGAUAAAAGCAUUGUACACGAGGUAGUUUGGUGAAUAUCUGUAUAUUUUUCAUCCAUGAUGAGUCAUACACUGCUUGUGUGAAAAGCAGAUUUAAAUAAAUAUUUAGCCUUGA